CCGCAGCCCGGAUUGAAGUUUGAAGUUUCGCUCAACCAACCUCACCCGUCGACAACCACCGAGUUCCCUUUCACCACCGUCAAAAUGUCGAGCCGUCCUACAGUUGGGAUCUUGGGCGCUGAUGGCGCCAGCAGCGGAGAGACUCUCCCUCUCCCAGCUGUCUUCAGCUCCCCAAUCCGCCCCGACAUUGUCCAAACCGUCCAUACUGGAAUGGCCAAGAACAAGAGACAACCAUAUGCCGUGAGUGAGAAGGCAGGUGAACAGACUUCAGCCGAGUCCUGGGGCACAGGUCGUGCUGUCGCUCGUAUUCCCCGUGUCUCUGGUGGUGGUACACACAGAGCCGGUCAAGCCGCGUUCGGUAACCAGUGUCGAUCUGGUCGCAUGUUCGCACCCACCAAAGUCUGGAGAAAAUGGCAUCAGAAGAUCAACUUGGGCCAGAAGCGCUUCGCGACUGCCUCAGCCAUUGCUGCCAGCUCCGUCCCCGCGCUCCUCCUCGCCCGAGGCCACCGUAUCUCCACCGUCCCUGAAGUUCCUCUCGUCGUUUCCAGCAAGGCCGUCGAAGGUGCCGCUCUCGUCAAGACCUCUGCUGCCGUCGCUCUUCUGAAGGCGGUCGGCGCUGGCCCGGAUAUCGUCAAGGUCCAGAAGUCCCGCAAACUGCGCGCUGGCAAGGGUAAGAUGCGAAACCGCCGCCACCGCAUGCGCCGAGGCCCUCUGGUUGUCUACAACCCCGAGACCGACGGCAAGGAGCUCGUCCGUGCUUUCCGCAACAUUCCAGGUGUCGAGACCUCUUCUGUCUUCGCCUUGAACCUCCUUCAGCUCGCUCCAGGUGGCCACCUGGGCCGCUUCAUCAUCUGGACCUCGUCUGCUUUCGGAGCCCUGGACACCAUCUAUGGUUCCACCACUGAAGCCUCGGCUUUGAAGAAGGACUUCCUCCUGCCCUCCAACCUCGUCAGCAACGCCGACAUCACCCGCCUGAUCAACAGCUCUGAAGUGCAGUCCGUGCUCAAGGAACCCAAGGGCUACGCUACCACCAAGCGCUCAUCCGUCCAGAAGAAGAACCCUCUCCGCAACAGACAGGUUCUGCUCCGUCUCAACCCUUACGCUGCACAGUACUCGAAGGAGAAGAUUGGCCAGAAGGGUUUGGGUGAUCAGGGCAAGCCUGAGCGAAUCAACGAGAAGGCUUUGGAAGUCUUGCACGAGAACUAGAUUACGUUGGCUUGGAUUGUCCCUUUGACAAGAACCGCUGGUGGUGUCUCGAAUGGCCACAUCAGCUAAGGCGUUUGUUUUACCGUUUCACUAGCAAAUCCUGCAAUGCAGAUUCGUAGCCAUGAAUCAAGAAUCAAGAUCUCUACGCU